UUCAAGGUAAAAGGUAAUUGAGUUUUUGUGUGGUCUGAGAAAGGUACUAUAUUCAAACAAGACUUUGAAUUUUUCAACAUGCCACCUAAAGCAAAACCAGGAGCACCCAGCAAGAAAACUGAGACAAAAAAGAAAGAGAAAGUCAUAGAAGAUAAAACGUUUGGCUUGAAAAACAAAAAAGGUGCUAAACAACAAAAGUUUAUUGCGCAAGUUGAAAAGCAGGUUAAGUCAGGAGGUAUACAUCCUAACAAAGAACUUGAUCCAAAGAAAUUGGAGAAAGAAAAGAAAUUGAAGGAGCAAAAAGAAUUAGCUUUGCUUUUCAAGCCGGUACAAACACAAAAGGUUGAAAAGGGUGCGGAUCCAAAGUCUGUGGUAUGUGCAUUCUUCAAGCAGGGACAAUGUGGAAAAGGUGAUAAAUGUAAGUUUUCUCAUGACUUGACUAUUGAAAGGAAAGCUGAGAAACGAUCCCUUUAUGUGGAUAUGAGAGAUGAUGAUGAAGAUGAUACCAUGGAAAACUGGGAUGUAGAUAAACUAAAGGAAGUUAUUGAGAAGAAACAUGGUAAAAAUAGUGGCAAAAUGCCAACAACUGAUAUUAUUUGCAAACAUUUCAUAGACGCUGUUGAGAAAUCUAAAUAUGGGUGGUUUUGGUCUUGCCCUUCUGGUGAAAAUUGUAUUUAUCGACAUGCAUUGCCUCCUGGUUUUGCUUUGAAAAAGGAUAAGAAGAAAGAUGAAAAAAAGAACGAGAUAACCCUCGAGGAACUAAUUGAGAGAGAAAGAGCAGCUCUUGGUCCUGCCCAAACUAAGGUCACCCUUGAAUCAUUUCUUGCUUGGAAAAAAAGGAAAAUUCAGGAAAAGAAAGACAAUCUCAAAAAAGACCAAGAAAAGAAGAGAAAUGAUUAUAAAGCUGGUAGGCAGGUUGGUCUAUCAGGAAGGGAAAUGUUUAGUUUCAACCCAGAUAUGGCUAAAGAGAAUGAUAUGGAAGAUGGGGAUGAAGCAUUUGAUUCUUAUACUAGAGAAGAAGAAGAAGAUGAAGUAGAAUAUAAAGAAAUUGAUUUCAAUUUGUUACAUGAGGAGGCUCAAGAGGUUGAUGGUAGUGGAACAAUUGCAGCUGAGGAUCGACUGAAACAACCCAGUACAAGUGAAAUAUCAGACAAUUCAAGUUCCAAAGAAGCAGGGGCUAUACCUAUUAAUGAAAAUUUGUUCCUUGAGGAAGACCUAGAUGCUUUAGAUGAAGAGUUGAAAGAUCUUGAUAUAGAUGAUUGAAAUAAGGAGCUUUAGAGGCUUCUUCGGAUGUUUUUUGUACCAGGAACCCUUGAUUGACUGUAAAUACUGAAAUCAUCAAUUUGAAAUUUGUUGGCAGAUUUAACUCUAUGUAAUAAAUAAUUUCCUUUA